UUGCUCCUGCUGGGCCUCAAGGACCGAGAGGGUUACACGUCAUUUUGGAAUGACUGUAUAUCGUCUGGAUUGCGUGGCUGUAUGUUAAUUGAAUUAGCAUUGAGAGGAAGGUUACAACUAGAGGCUUGUGGAAUGAGACGUAAAAGUCUAUUAACAAGAAAGGUAAUCUGUAAGUCGGAUGCUCCAACAGGUGAUGUUCUUCUUGAUGAAGCUCUAAAACAUGUUAAGGAGACUCAACCUCCAGAAACAGUCCAGAACUGGAUUGAAUUACUUAGUGGUGAGACGUGGAAUCCAUUAAAAUUGCAUUAUCAGUUAAGAAAUGUGCGGGAACGGUUAGCUAAAAACCUGGUGGAAAAGGGUGUAUUGACAACAGAGAAACAGAACUUCCUACUUUUUGACAUGACGACACAUCCUCUCACUAACAACAACAUUAAGCAGCGCCUCAUCAAGAAGGUACAAGAGGCUGUUCUUGACAAAUGGGUGAAUGACCCUCACCGCAUGGACAAGCGCUUGCUGGCCCUCAUUUACCUAGCCCAUGCCUCGGAUGUCCUGGAGAAUGCUUUUGCUCCUCUUCUGGAUGAGCAGUAUGAUUUAGCCACCAAGAGAGUGCGGCAGCUUCUCGACUUAGACCCUGAAGUGGAAUGUCUGAAGGCUGGUACUAACGAGGUUCUAUGGGCGGUGGUGGCAGCAUUCACCAAGUAACUGCUCAGAAUGAAACGUUCUUCUUUCUCUCAUGUGAACCAGUAGUUUUUCUUCUAUAGACUUUCUGGUUUUCCCUAAUUUGUACUUUCUGACACUAUAAUCGGCUUUUGUUUUAUGAAAUGGUGGGUGGCUUUUUCUUUUUUGUGUGUAUGCAGGAUUCUGCUGGUACGAGAGGCCUUCCUCUUUCUGUUUUUAAAAAAGUUCUUUUGCCAUUCCUUUCCCUGUCACCAUUCUCACUGUUUUUGUUUUGGGUUUCUGGUAUACUUUGACUUUUAAAGUACCUCCAGUCUCCUGACAUGCCCAGUUUUGUAUUACCUCAGCUUGAGUUUUCCCACAUGUGCAUGUAUACCUAGCAUUCUGCCUACAGUUCAGACAGAAGUCACAAAAAGGCCUUCAACUCACCAAAGGUAAGUAUCUGUAUCUAUUAGGACAUUUUAUACACAGACCUUAGUUGAGAUGUAUACUUAGCAAAAUUAUUUUUAAAUUGAAAAAGCAAAUACUUAAUAUAAAAUGCCCCUUGGAUUUUGCUUCUCAUGUAAAUCUAUUGUAUUAUUACACUUGUUAUAAUUUUAACUAUUAAAUCAUAAAGGUCCAAUUGUUUCACAAAGCCAGUUUGGAAUGGGCUGCAUUCCAGUUAUACUGUAUAUAGUUUGAAUUAUAUAUAAAUUGCCCCUUCUUCUGGCCACUUCUGCCCCAUCUUAGUAUUUUGCAAGACUUAAUUAGUUGUACACCUGGUGCCCCUCACGUGCUUCAGUCAUUGUUAUUUGAUGGCAAAACAGACCUCUCAUUAUUGAAGGAGAGAGAAAAGGUGUGUGUUUGAUUUGUUCCGGAAUUUAUUGAGCUGUGCUGUUCAUGGCCCUCUGCCUAUGCGUCUCCUUUUUGGAUUUUUUUUUUUCCCCCCUGGUCUUACUAGUAUUAUAAUUUCUAUAGGGAAGAGGCUUGUGACCAGUACUAAUCUUGAGUACAGUUUUUUCUUUUUCUGUCCACAAUUAAAUUAAUGUCUGCUCUGAAAUGUCAUUUAUCUCUUUACACUUUCUUGGGGAAAGAAAAUAUCAAAUGUCAGUUCUAGCAGAUGUUGCAUGUAAAUUGGUAGCAAGUAAUGACUACAACCCAGAUGAUUAAGAAUUUUGUAACAGAAAGCUCUGCUAUCUUUUAAUAUUUUAUAUACAAUUAUGAGAAGUAGCACAUUGUAAGUCUAUAAACCUUUGCUUUUUAAAGUUUAUUUUUACUAUUUCUUUAUCACUGUUGAUCAUACCAUUGGUUUCAUAAUGUAAAUAUACAUUGAACAAAUUAAAUGUUAAAUUUUUUAUUACUAUACUUCAUGUUAAUAGUGGGGCUUUCAGGUGUCUAGAGAUUUUUUUGGUUAACAUUCAAUGCAAAAGUACUAGAUGGUGUAUAACUCUAGAGUUGAAUUUUAAGGGAUUCUCUAAUAUGUAUACUAUCUUUUUAUCUGAAAUAGUAAAUAAACUAUGAUCUUGAAAGUGCCUGAA